AUGAGUCACUCAACCGAAACUUACUACUACUACGUCCCCAAUCUUCAGGCUCUCGACCCCACAGCCCGCGAAGUCGACCCUUCAGCUUACGCCUGGGUUCAGCCCACCAUCAUUGAGGAUGAGGAUCUUACCUUUGGCGGAAAGUCUCUGAGCGCUUGGUACGAGGAGGAUCGUCGCCGCCACAGCAGUGGCAGCAACAGCAGCGAUGAGGAAGAGCGCCGCGGUCGAGAGCGCGUGCGAAGAAACUACUCUCGCUCUAGCAAGUCGCACAAGAAGUAA